AUGGCGCGAACCAAACAAUCAGCACGCAAAAAUGUUUCUCCCUGCUCACCACAUUCUUCAUCCCCUUUAUCAGAUUAUGUGGAACGUUCACCUUCUCCCCCACCUCGACCAACACCACCACACACCUCCUCUGAUUCAACCUCUUCUGACAACAACCAAGAAAUCUUCAAUCCCAAUCCUCUGUCUACUAUUCUUCCACCACUAUACACUCGUCCCACACCAAACCUUGCUCAAGUUCCUCCACAUUUGCGUAACCAAACUAUUCCUCAACGAAGCUCAAUGAGGGAUCAAUAUGGAAUUGGAACCUCAAAACCAUCAAACCUAAAACCACAUUACUUCAUCAUCUUAGAUUCUGAGACUGAUGAUUCUUCUGAUUCUUCUCCUCCAACAUCAGCAAGGGCACCAACAAACACCAAACCUACCACAUCAUCAAAAUCAACCUUCUCCUUUGAACCCUCACAAUCAACUCCCCCAAACCAAAAACGGAGAUUGAUAAAUGAAAUCGUCUCCCCUCUCAAUAAACGAACUGAACCCCCUUCUCAAUCCAAACCAAAAACAAAAAUGAAAACAAAAAAUGCCAUGACGAUUGCGCAAUUCCUUGCUCGAAAGAAUCUCUCAAACCCUAAAAGGAGAAAAACCCUCGCUCAAAAACAAAAGCUCAAACACUGUCAACCCACCUCUCCAAAACAUUCUCCACAAUGUUCCCCACCCCAACCUCAAGAACGUUCUCCAAUUCUGGAACGUUCUCUUGUUCAAACUUCAUUUUCUCCUCCAUCACAAGAACGUUCUCCAGAUCAAGAAUGUUCUCAUCCUCACACAGUCUCUCCUCUAGAAUCCACUUCACAUCCACAACCUUCCUCAUCAACACACGCAAAAUGUUCCCCCACUCCAGAACGUUCCUCUACCUCCACCUCUUUUGAAUCUUAA